ACAAACAAGUUGCUCAGCAGCCAUUUGCAUUUUCCGUCGUUUACUCCUUAUGGCUGCUUCUCAGUUGGCGUUUCGACCUCUCAGCAAACCCCAUUUCCCACUCAGAAGGACGCUGUCUUCCACCAUCACUUUCUCCAGCACGAGAUUCCGCUGUUCUUGCCUUCCAAAAACUGGACAAAUUAAUGUUGAAAUUCCGGUGGUUUUACGAAAUAUUCGGUCGGUUCUGCCUGGGGGGAGUUGGUGGAAGUUAAGUGAGUACGAGGAGGAAGCGAAAGCGAGAGAAGUGAUGCCCACUCUUCGUAGAAUAUGGGUAUUGGUUGAAGAUGAGAGAUGGGUCAUUUUUGUUGCAGUUGGGUCUUUAACACUCGCUGCGCUUUCAGAAAUCUCGAUGCCAAAUUUAAUUGCAGCAUCUGUCUUUUCUGCACAAAGUGGUGAGACAAUGGUCUUCUAUAGAAAUUCCCAACUCCUCAUUCUAUUGUGCAUCCUCUCGGGUAUAUGCAGUGGUUUGCGAAGUGGCUGUUUUGCAAUUGCAAAUAUCACCCUGGUUAAGCGUCUAAGGGAAACUUUAUGUUCAGCUAUUCUUUUUCAGGUUUGCGUUUAUUUAGCAACUAUAUUUGUAAUGCUAAGUACCAUGCAUACUCCUCAAGAUAUUGAUUUCUUCGAGACAGAAGCAGUUGGUGACUUAACAAGUAGGCUUGGGGCAGAUUGUCAACAACUGUCUAACAUUAUUGGAAAUGAUAUUAAUAUGAUAUUACGCAAUUUUCUCCAGGGUGCAGGUGCAUUGAUUAAUUUACUAACUUUAUCAUGGCCUCUUGCAUUAUCAACAAUUGUGAUAUGCUCUCUUCUAUCUGCAAUCCUUCUGGUUUAUGGCCAGUACAGAAGGAAAGCAGCGAUGUUUACCCAAGAGUUCACUGCUUGUGCCAAUGAAGUAGCACAAGAAACAUUUUCUUUGAUGAGAACCGUCCGAACUUAUGGAACAGAGGAAAACGAACUUAGAAGGUACAAGCAAUGGCUAGAUAAAUUAGCUUUUGUUAGCAUCCGAGAAAGUGUGGCUUAUGGAUUCUGGGGUCUGAGUUUCAACACUCUAUACCGUUCAACACAGGUCAUUGCUGUGCUGUUAGGAGGAAUGUCUAUUCUUACUGGUCACGUGACACCCGAACAACUUACGAAGUAUAUAUUAUACUGUGAGUGGUUGAUUUAUGGUACUUUGAGGCUUGGAGACAAUUUUGCAUCAUUACUGCAGUCUGUUGGCGCAAGUGGAAAGGUGUUCCAGUUAAUGGACCUCUUGCCUAGUGAUCAAUUCAAAUCAGAAGGAGUAAAAUUGAAGAGGCUAAUGGGACAUAUUGAGUUUGCAAAUGUGUCUUUUUACUAUCCAUCAAGGGUCAUGGUACCUGUUCUGGAACAUGUAAACAUUUCUGUACAAGCUAAUGAAGUGGUUGCAAUUGUUGGCAUUAGUGGUAGCGGAAAAAGCUCAUUAGUCAAUCUUUUGCUUCGUCUAUACGAGCCAACAACUGGUCAGAUUUUAAUUGAUGGCUUCCCCCUGAGAGAGUUGGACAUUGGUUGGCUGAGAGGAAAAAUUGGAUUUGUUGGACAGGAACCCCAUCUUUUUCAUAUGGAUGUCAAGUCAAACAUAAGAUAUGGUUGCUCCAGAGACAUAGGACAGGAAGAUAUAGAAUGGGCUGCAAAGCUGGCCUAUGCUCAUGGAUUCAUCUCAUCUCUUCCUGAUGGUUAUGAUACUAUUAUAGAUGAUCAUCUACUCAGCGGGGGACAAAAGCAGCGGAUUGCAAUUGCCAGGGCCAUUCUUAGGGGCCCUGCUAUUCUGAUCCUUGAUGAAGCCACUAGUGCUCUUGAUGCAGAAAGCGAACACUAUGUCGAGGGGGUUCUUCAUGCCUUCAGAAAUGAUGCUAAUGCAAAAAGAACUGUUAUUGUCAUAGCGCAUAGGCUAUCCACAGUAAAAGCUGCUGACAGAAUUGUAGUGAUGGAUGGUGGUUCCGUCAUUGAGGUGGGUGAUCACCAACAACUGCUUCUCAAAGAUGGGCUGUAUGCAAAGUUGAUCAAAACACAAACAGAUGCCUUGGCUUGAUCCAGAACCAAGUUGCUGGACUCAUGGUUUCCUCCAUAUUACUUAAUGGCUUCUUCACCUUCUGUGACAAAAGCUGAAACACAAAAAAACAUUAAAGCGAAAGACUCGUGGGUUUGUCAUGUUUUGUACAGAUAAAAGAAAGGGUGAUGAUCAUGGGUUUAUGAGUCUCUUCAAAGCUUCUCAAGGCCUUCUGAGGUGCAAUCUCCAGGCUGAGGAACUUGCUGGUGAGGAAGCGGUUUUGGUCCUUCACCCUCCUCUUUAAUCAUCUUCCCUUGCUCAUCUCCUUGCUUCCGAUUCUUGCCCCUUUGAUUAAGACGUGGUGAAUCAUCGAUAUCACCUUGAAUUUCUUUAACUAGCUUGUUUUCUGCAUAGGACGCAACCGCUUCCACCUUCUCAUUCUUGGAGUCCAUGGCUAUGUCCGGUUGAAAACAAGAAGCACUUCCCCUCUUCCUCUCCCUCUCUUUCUUUCCUAUAUGGCAGCCUGGUUCUUGCUGAUGACCCAGGCAUGUAAACCUGGCGGUGCUACACGUGGAGUGUUGACGUGGAUCCACGAUUGUGCCACGUGGCUUUUUGCAUGGAUGUGGUGAUUUCAUGGCUAAUUUAUUAACAUGAGAGCGACUACGUAAACAAUCCUAAAA